GUCGCCCUCUGCCAGCAGCGGUUGAGGCGAGGAAGGGCCGCGGGGUGCCAACUCUCGCGGGUAGGUGCCAGGCGCUCGUUGGCACUGGCUGGACCUGGCGCGGGGAGGUAUCAGCUGUGCCACUCUUGAAGGAACCCGAAGAGGAGACCCGAGGAAGGACCGUAGGAACCCCAGGAAGACAACGAAGUACCGGAGUGAAGGAGGGGUUCCUUUCGAAUCCUAUAUUGUGGUGUUCUCUCUAUACCAAGACGUAUUGGGUUGCAACACCACCACCACCACCACCACUACUACCACCACCACCACCACCACUCUAUUUCGGCUUCACCGGCGCCUCUACCCAGAAUAUCCCGGGGGAGGAAAGCUGCUAUUUACCUCCACCUCUUCUCUCCUCCUCCUUCCUCCUCCUCCUCCUCCUCCUCCUUCAUCAUCAUCAGUAGCCUCUCGUGCAGUGAUGUGUGCGUGUGUACGUGCGUGUGUGUGCGUACUGGACCGAUCGCCAGAGUACACACGCAUACACACACACCACAUAGUGCCCACGGUGCCAAAACCAGUGCCUGUGUGUAGCGUGGUGCCUCCCAGUCUCCUGCCGCAGUGACACGUAAUGGUGAACAGUGAACAGUGAACAGUGAACAGUGCCUUGUGUUCAGUGCCUUCUCUACACUUGUGUGAAUUUUUGCUACUACUAUUGCUACGACUACUAUGACUAUCAGCCCAGAAAUCCCGGCUGUUGCAAACGUGUUAUUACUAUUUCUAUUAGUCUAAGAGAACUAUCGGAAACUACUAUAGCUACUACUACAAGUACUACUGCUGCUGCUGCUACUGCUACUGCUACUGCUGCUGCUGCUACUACUGUUUCUACUACUGCUGCUGCUUCUUCAAGUCCAGAAAACACGGCUUUUGUAAAAAUACUAUUAUCACUUCUGCUUCUACUACUCCUACAACUAUUUCUACCACUGCUACUGCUUCUGCUUCUGUCCUCACUUCCUGCUGCUGACAAGAAUAUAGCUGUCAUCACUCCCACUACUACUACCACCACUACUACUACCACUACUACUACUACAACUACUACAACUGCUACGACUAUAUUGAGAAAGCAUCCACCACUGUUUUUAAGAGCGAGAAACUUGUCUUUUGUACCACCACUGCCACCGCCGCCUCCACUGCCGCCACCACCGCAUAGAACGAUAGAAAGGAGAGACAGGCCAGUGAAGUGAGGAAGGAAAGGAAAAACAAAGACACGGAGAGAAAAAGAGUGAGAGAGAGCAAGAGAGAGAGAGAUAGUUAAGUUUUCCGUCUGAGUCGCAGUUAAUUCGCCUGUAAAAAGGUUAAAAAUAAGGAAAGAACUGAACAGCGUAGGAUAAUUUUAAUAAAGGAAAGAUAUCGAAAUUCCUGAUUAACUUGAAAAUUAAUGAAAAAGGGAAAUACGACAAAGAAACGGUAAAUAAACACUUGAAGAAUUGAAACAAAAUAUAUAAAGACGAAAAGAACUGGACAGCGUACGAUAAUUUUAACAGAGGUACGAUAUCGAGAUUCCUGAUAAACUUGAAAAUUAGGGAAUUGAGAGAAACUGAAUCAAAAGAGAGACAAAAAGAAACUUGUAGUAUUAAAAGCAUAACAUUACAAGUCAGUUCACGUCACAAGUGUCAAGAAAUUAGGAAGAAGUUAGGAAAAUAUUUUAAGUCCAAAAUAUCACCAGAGAAAUAAGGAAACAAUUGACAGGGAAAUUAUAACAAAACGGAGCUGGAAAUUUGGAGAUUGUAAAAGCGAGAGAUUUGAAAUACUAGAAAGAAAAGGAAGAAAUUAAGAUUUUAACUGGGAAGAAUAAAAAAUAAUAAGAUUGUUGACUUAAAAAAAAGAGGAGAAUUUCAGAAAACUCGGAAGAAAGUUACGAGCUUAAAGAAAAUUUCAAGAUAAAAGAUUGUAAGAUCAGAAAAAAGAAUAUUGAAGAUUGUAACUAAAAAAAAGAAGAAAAUAAGAUUGUAAACUAAAGAAGAAAAAUACGAGCUUAAAGAAAAUUUCAAGACAAACUAAAAGAAGAAGAAAAAUAGAAGCUAAAAAAAAAAAAUUGAAGAUUGCAAUUAAAUAAAGAAAAAUAAAAUUGUAAAAAAAAAAAUUAAAAAAAAACGAAGAAAAAUACGAACUUAAAGAAAAUUUCAAGAUAUUAAACUUUAACAGAAGAAAAAGAUUAGCUAAAAAAAUCAAAAUUGCAAUAAAAAAAAUUUGAAAUCCCAUAAAUAUAUUAGAACGUUUUUUUAACAGCACCAGCCACAGCACAGGAAGAUUGUGAGGUGUUAGCGUCACAGCAACACAGCAAAUUACGGUUUAUGGUAUUAGCGACCCAGCAAAACACAGCAGUAUAUUGAAACGCCACAGCAAGGCCUUUAAACAGCACACCGACGAUUCUCAAGCACAGCAUUACUUCACAGCAACAGCACAGCGAGAUAUUCUGCUGUUUGCGUCACUGUAACAGCAAAAUAGUGACAGAGACGAAGGAACACCACAGCUAGUCAAAUAAACAGCAGUGCAUUACAGUUCACAGCCACAGCACAGCAUUGCAAGACCAGCAACACAGCAUCUAGUCAAUUUCUAGUCAAGGAAGACACUGAAAUCCUCCACAGCGUCACCACAGCGUCUAGUCAAGUCUCAAGAAAAGAAAACUUGAAACCACAGCAAAGGAGAGAAACACAGAAGCCUUCCACAGCAGCAUCACAUCGUCUAGUCAUUCUCUAGUCCACGAAUCUUGAAACCACAGGAAAAGGAUCACCACAGCACCAAAAUCACCACAUACACGCCAAGAAACACAAAAACCACAGCAAAGAGAGAAACAAAACCACUGAAAAACAUCCACAGCAUCACUACCACACCACCACAGCAUCACCACAGCAUCACCGUAGCUUCAAGAGGCAAUAAAUGGUCAAUAUGGAUGGUGAAGCUCUGAAACCUGAAGCCUUCCUCACAACAGCAACCACAGCACCUCUUGUCACAGCACGCAGCCCUCCAUCCUAUCCCAAAGUGGCAGAGGCGACGGAUGAGUUCCACCCGUUCAUCGAGGCUCUUCUACCACAUGUCAAGUCCUUCGCCUAUACGUGGUUCAACCUUCAGGCAGCCAAGAGGAAGUACUUUAAGAAACACGAGAAGAGAAUGUCUCUAGAGGAGGAGCGGAGGUGCAAGGAUGAGCUGCAGAGCGAGAAGAAUGAAGUCAAGCAAAAGUGGGCCUCUCGUCUCCUGGGUAAGCUUCGCAAGGACAUCACGCAAGAGUACCGAGAAGACUUUGUGUUGUCCAUUACCGGCAAGAAGCCAGCGAUGUGUGUGCUGUCUAACCCCGACCAGAAGGGCAAGAUGAGGCGCAUUGACUGUUUGAGGCAGGCUGAUAAGGUGUGGCGGCUGGACCUGGUGAUGGUGAUACUGUUCAAGAGCAUCCCUUUGGAGUCAACAGAUGGCGAGAGGCUGGAGAAGAGCCCUGACUGCCUUCACCCGGCCCUCUGUGUCAACCCUUACCACAUUAACGUGUCCGUCCGUGAGCUGGAUUUAUACCUCUCCAAUUUUAUCACCAUGAACGAAAGUUUGGCUGGCAUUGUUCUGGAGAGUGACAAGGAUGACGAGAGAAUGAAAAGCCACCCGGUGCACAGCGUGGCGUACAAUGGCAUCAAUGGCAUUAUCUACAACAGCACUAUUCUCGCCACGGGUUGCUUCUCGGCGCGGGAGCUGUGGCGUCUGUCCAAAACCUCCAUAAUGGCCGUAGGUAGCAGUGGUAGUGGGCUGAAUACUAUCAAGAUGGAGAACCCAAGUUACUACACCACCUACACGUCGCCUGUACCUGACCACACCCUCAUGCCGGCUGCUUACACCACUUAUAUGGAGCGCGCUGACAGUCCCCUCGCGAUGGGCCGGCCACAUGACCCCCACUCACCCCUGGAGCCACGCAGUAAGAGGGUCCGGCGGGUGAGCUCAGAGGAAGACCCACUGGAAAAGGCCGAGCUUACGUAUUAUUCUCAAUCGCCUGCCUCACUCUCGUCUCACACUUCGUCCUGGCACUCUGACCUCGACCACGGUGGGUUGGUGGCCCCUCAUGCUGCCCCAGCCAACGCCGCCGCCGCUGCCGCUGCCUCCACCACCUUCCUCCACCCCCACACCCCCCCUCACCACACCACCUCGCAACACACUCUCGGUCCCCCCCCGGUGCACUCCCCCCACCUGGUCCACAGCAGCAGUAAAGUAACAAUUGCAGCCUCAGGUGUGCUCCAGUCCGUAGUUAGGACGUCCUCCACCAUAGACUCCCUUUCUAGUCAUGACCAACCACCAAACACUCGUGCAGUUGUCUCACCACACCCUAGAGAAGUGCUGCCGCCAAUGUCCCUCAGCAGUUCGGUUAUGGCCGGGGCCCCAAGUUACUACCAUGAGGCCGGCCCACCCUCCCCCACCAAGUAUCAUGAGAAUGGCCACGACACCUUCUCGGAUUUCGUGACGCUGGUUUGUCAGGAAGCGCAGAACACACAGCACACCCAGCAGGCCUCCCCUCCUGGUGUUGCCCGCAGCCCCACCAAGGUUCAGGGCAGCUACUACACCACUGGGUCCAUGCUGCCACCACCGCCGCCGCCGCCCAUGGCCCGCCCUGUGGCCAUCAUCCGGUCAACUGCUGACUUGGCCCACAGUGGCAGUGUAUCGCCUGGUCCUGUUUCUCCGCCCAACUCCUCUGCAGCUGGUGGGGGUGCCAUACUGCCCGACGUGUCACCACCAGACCGCCGUGAGGAGUGUCUUAGCCCCACGCCGCCCUCCACCUCCGCUCCACCAGUAUCUCAGUUGUUCACCUACUCCAGCAUGAGUCCAGUGAGUGCCAUGUCGGGCGUGAUCUCCCCGACCAGCAUGAGUCUGUUCACGUCGCCGGGCAGCACGCCGCGCUCCACGCCGCGCUCCACGCCGCCCGCCGUGCCCCGCUGGAACACGCCCUUCAUCAGCCUGGACGAGAACAUGGACUACACCACCAUGUCCACCCUCAUGCCCACCCUGCCCGCCGACGCUGCCUCCGCCCAGCUCAUCGAGGACGAGCGUUACUUCACCACGGUGGUGCACAGCGGGGAGGCGGCGGGGGGCGGGGCACCCCAGGUGGCCUCCGCGACAGCUGCAGGGCACCAGGACCACCUGGAUGACUCCCCUGGGGCGCCCCACACCCCCACCAAGACCCAGUCGUCCUAACAAUGCCACCGCCGCCAGCUGGUCUUGGUCUGGGCCUGUGAUGCGCCGCCGCUGCCCAGGACGGCCCACCCCACGGGGCAGCACAGCCCCGGUCUGGACCAGGAAGGCCCCCGGGAGGGAUGGAAGGCCAGUGUGUCCCUGGGAUACAGUGCAGGUCCGGGUCUUGGUCGGGGUGGUGCCCCGGCCUGCCCGCAGGCUGUGCCAUCCCACCGGCCCAGCCCUGGGGUGGCCUGGGGGGCGGGGUGGCCCCAACUGGUGGCCGCCACGCCUUCGUCCUCGUCGCGAUCAUCGUCGUCAUCAACAAGUGCAAACCACAGCGGCCACAGAGCAGCGGCCACACCAGUGCCAAACUCUUCCCGCCGGGACGCUCCGGAUACUUAAGGCCGCGGCUGGCCAGGGCUGGCCCGCCGCCGCCGCCGCCGCCAGGCCAUGCAUGGUAGUAGGUCUUCACGUAGCAGCGUAGUGCAGUGAACACGGCCGCGCCGCGGGGAUGAUGGCCACCGAGUUCAAUGAAUCACAGUGCCAGCAGCAGCAGCAGCAGCAGCAGCAGCAGCCAUGAUGCAGCAAGACGCAAUAAGUAAGGUGUAAGUGCUUCAUAGCUUUUGCAGAGUGAGUAGAGUUCCCGUAAUGGUUGUGCAAUUUUUAGUCUCUUACGAACACAAGGAGGAAGGAGAUGAAGGGGAGAGAGAAUGUGUGUGUGUGUGUGUGUGUGUGUGUGUGUGUGUGUGUGUGUGUGUGUGUGUGUGUGUGUGUGUGUGUGUAGCCUCCACUAGGUGCUGAGGGAGCCAUGGUGCUGUGGUGGUGGUGGUGGAGGCAGUGGUGGUGGUGGUGGUGGUGGUGGUGGUGGAGGUGGUGGUGGAGGCAGAGGGACAGCUGUGCUCAGGACUAUAAUACUUGUGAGUACAAAAUCGUUCAUUACUUCUAAAGGAAUCGGUGAAGAGAAGGCUUCAUUGCUCUCGCUAAUCUUGGGUUCAGUGAGCAAACAAACACAUCUUGGUGAACAUUUAUUAUUAUUACUGUUGUUGUGUACACUCCCUCAUUCGACCUGUAAUUCUCAGUUUGUUCGUUUGUUUGUUUCCUCGUUCGUUUGUUUGUUGUGUGAAGUAUAACGCCGUGUUGUUGUUGUUGUUGUGUGUUUUUUUUGUGUUUUUUUCUAUUAGAGAGUUCUUGUUAUUUAUGGCGGUUUAGAGUUGUUGCCACAUUAUGUACAGGUGUGGUGGCAUUACACACUCACACUCACACUCACUCCUCACACUCUGACCGAGAGCAAAUGUCUUUUCUCCAGCAAGUAAAAUUCCUGGAUUCGCUGUUCUAUUCACCUCUUCUGUCGGGCAAAUCCUAAUCUCAUCAAACCUCAAUUUUUCAUAUUUUUCUGAUGAGUAUUCUGUCAGUAAACUCACCAUUCUUGUCACACUUCUAACCUAACCCACCUCUCUUGUUAAACCUCAAUUUGUAGCUUUCUGGUGAGUAAAGUUUUGGUCUUCAGCACUAAACACACCAUUCAUGUCACACUUGAAACCUAUCUUGUCAAACCUUAUUUCUUCUUAACUAAACACACCACUCUCUCUUGCCAAACCUCAAUUUUUAGUUUCUGAUAAGUAAAGCACAGUUCUUCACUCCUCUAUGCUUUUCUACCAUCUCACUUUCCCUAACUAAAUCUUACUCCCUUUUGCAAUGUUCUUUAAACUGUAUCACCUUAUCACACCUCUUUUCCUUUUAUUUCCUGCUAUCUUUACUCUCAAACUUUGCCUAAUUUAAUCUGACUCCCCUUCACAACUUUCUUUAAAUCGAGCACAUAUUUUAUCUUUUUAAACUGAGUCAUUUUAUCAAACUUCAAUUUCUUUUAGUCUGUGGUACCUAUACUCUCUCACUUUUUCCUAACUUAUCUAACUCUCACAACCUUCUUAAAUAUAAGUCACUUUACUCAUCUUACCAAACCUUAAUUUAUUUUAUAUUCUGCUGAGUCAAAUUCCUUAUUUCAUCAUAAAUAACAACAGUAGCUUCACAUUCAUUCUCAGUCAAACGUCUUACACACACAGCCUCUUCUUUUGGGCAUUUACUCACCUUACCAAACCUCAAUUUCUGUUAUUUUCUGAGUCAAAUCGCUCAUUUCAUAAUUAUUAACAACAGUAGCAUCACAUUCAUCCUCAAACAAACAUCUUACACACACACAGCCUCCUCCGUUUUCCUCUUCCUUUGGGCAUGAAAGCUUCCAGUCGCCUCAGAGCCACAAUAUUGCACAAGUUAAAUGGAGAAUAAUGGACUUGUUUUUAUCAGAGCGUUGAGUGUGAUUCUGUAAUGCAAACCAACACUUUUUUCCCUCCCAUGAUAUUUUUAGCCGAGCUCCGAGAUCGUGGAGUGUUGGCGAGGAACAGAAUCAAAUAACACAGCAUUGCCUCCUUGGUUCAUGGUUCUCGCCCUGAUGGAUUGUUUCUCCCUGCCUCUCUCUGCCCUGUCUGUCCGUCUGUCCGAGUGUUGCAGCUUCCAUACCCUCACUAGCACUCCUUGGCCCUACCCUGUCCAUAUCCCCUGACCCUGCUGCCUCGGCCCUUAUCUUCCCUGUCAGCUUGUUCUCAUAGCUCACUUUCUCUCUGGCAGUGCUCUCACCUCUCACGGUUCCCACACAAGGCACACGUAACCUCAUGUGUUUUUAGAGCAUAGAAAGGAAUGAGUGAAGGUACUGGUGGUUACGUAGACUGAAGAUGUGGAGGAAGGUGUAAUGCAGAUGGUGUUUAGGGUAUGAGCGGUGGAGAAGAUCUGAUGUGCGUAGGAGGACAAGAGGAAGAUUAACGAAGAUUUGGUGAUGGUGUGGAGGACAUGGAAGAUAUGGAGACUGUAUAAGGAGAAGAGAACACAAAAUACAGUACAUGGAGGAGGGUAUAAGAGGAACAACCACCAGAAUAUAAACCAUGUACCACUGCAAAACACUAGCAGGAACUUUUAAACCGUCCAAUCUUGCAAGAAAAAGCAGGAAGAAGCAGAGAUGAUAGUGAUGAGCAUUUCGAAAUCUCCUUUGCCUGAAUAAGAGAACACAGGCUAGCACUAAAGAGCUCACAUUAGAGACACCAUCGGAAACUAGAAGAGGUGCUGAGAGAGAGAAAGAGAGAGUAAAACCUGGUCUGUGAGAGGUGAUGAGGGCUGGCCAGUGCUGAGAAAGGCAAGCUGGCAUUAACCUGAGAACACUGACUAUAAACGAAACGUGCCAAACUAUAAAAAGGGGGAGGGGGGAAAGAACCUCAAAUUACCCACAAUUCAAUGUCAACUUGCUCUCAUCGAAAUAAAAGCCUUUUGUUUUUAUAGAUGUUACGAUAAAGAGUUAUAUACAGAACCAAAACAAACACAGCAAUACGGUUAUGUUGAUGGCGCGCUUGUGUGUUUGUGUGUUGACGAUUAUAAAGCGCGUCGUGUAUAUGUGUAUGUAUACUUAGCAAUAACAGCCUCAGCUAUAAUAUUGGUGCCAUGUAUAGGUGGUGGUGGUGGUGGUGGUGGUGGUGUUGGAGGAGGGGAGGGCCGUCCAGGGUGCGUCUGGGUGUCUGGGUGUCAGUGUAGGUGCUGGUCAGAAGAGCUCAAAUCUAUGUGCCAAAUGAGAGGAGUGUGUGUUUGUUGGUGUAGCAGUGGUAGGGCUGGAUGCUGCGAGUGUAGGGUUGGUGUAUGGUGUGGUGUUAUGGUCUGGUGUGUGUUUAGGGGACACACACACACACACACACACACACACACACACACACACACACACACACACACACACACACACACACACACACACACACACACAAACAAAAUA